AUGUCUCAAGUGAAAGGGCUGGAGAAGACCUUUCAAGAGAUCCUGGCACGCCGGGAGGCGAAGAGCCGACUUCGCCGUCUUACGGUGGUUCCCCCCAAUUCCGCGGACUUUUCGUCAAACUCAUAUCUCUCCCUGUCAACCUCCGAGGAUGUCCAGCGCGAAUAUCUCCAAAGGCUACAAAGCGAAGUCGACGCCGCCACGGCAUCCAGCAGUCAUGGCCAGUCUGCAUCCUUGCUUGGAUCGGGAGGAUCGCGCCUACUGGAUGGAAACUCAUCUCUUUCGGAGUCACUGGAGCGUGAGAUAGCUGCGUUCCACGGGGCAAAGGCCGGUCUCUUGUUCAGUUCGGGGUUCGAUGCGAACGUUGGUCUCUUUAGCUCUGCUCCUCAGCCAGGAGAUGUCAUUGUCUAUGAUGAGUUGAUACACGCCAGUGUGCAUGACGGAAUGAAGUUGAGUCGCGCAUCGAAGAGAAUCCCCUUCUUGCAUAAUACUGCCUACCCACGAGAGACGGCGGGUGGUGUACAGGCGGCAUCGUCAACCACCAACUUAGCCUUAUCAAGCAUUCUAGACACUCUGGUGCGAGAGAACGAGGGUAUCAGAUCUGGGACAAGAAACGUCUUUAUUGGGGUAGAGGGCGUGUACAGCAUGGAUGGAGACGUCACCCCCCUAAAAGAAAUUGUCGAGUGUGUCGAAAAGCUACUUCCCAAAGGCAACGGAUACAUCAUCGUCGAUGAAGCACAUUCGACGGGUAUUAUCGGUGAACGAGGUCGAGGGCUAGUUUGCUCCCUGGGGCUUGAGGACAGGGUCUGGGCGCGGUUGCACACAUUCGGCAAGGCGAUGAGUUGUGCAGGGGCAAUUGUGCUAUGUUCCCCUGCCACGAGAGAGUACCUGGUUAAUUACGCUCGCACCUUCAUCUACACCACUGCUCCUCCCUUUACUACCCUCGCCAGCAUCGAAACGACGUACCAGUAUCUCAUGAGCGGCAAAGCUGAGCCUCGUCUCAAACACCUGUGGGAUAUAGUCGAGCAAGCUCACACAUUACUUCUGUCCCUCUGCGAACGCUAUAACCCCGACCCAAGGAUCCUCUACGUCAACCCCAGGAAACCCGAGUCGCCCAUUAUUCCUGUGCUGACAUCCCGUCCGCGAAGUCUAGCCAAGUAUUGCCAGGAUCGCGGCUACAUGAUACGCCCUAUAGUUGCGCCUACUGUUCCCCUUGGAAAGGAACGCGUGAGAGUUUGUCUUCACGCGGGAAAUACGUUGGAAGAGGUGAGGGGGUUAUCAGAGGCUAUCGGGGCUUGGCUCGUUCUGGAAAUCGCCAAAAAAGGUGGACGCGGGAAUGAUUCGGCCAAGAACAGAGAAACCACAUUUAAGCCACGCAUAUAA